GCGUGCGGCAGGGCUGCAAUCAGCACGAGGGCGAAUUCAGCACACGAGGGCACGGAGGAGCAGCCGGCGCGGCGAAAGCAGCAGCAGCACGCGGGAGCAGCAUCAAGAGGCGUUUCUGGCCUGGCGGCUUCUACCGCAAGCACCACGCCGCAUCCUCACGUCCGUCUGUUCGCCUGCUCUACCCAGCCUGGCGCCUGCCCCUUGCUCCCGGGCUGCGCUUUGCUUCGGGACCACGCCGCUUCCGAUUGCGCUCGCCGGCUCCUCUUAGGCGCGUGCCUUUCAUUCGCUGCGCCGCGUCUUGCUCCCCACCCACUCCGUCGGAUCGCCUGCCCGAGCCCUCUCAGUCCCGCUCCCGCGCUCCGCACCGCGCAUGCUGCCGCUCCGUCACCUCGCCGUCUCGCCCGCCGCGCAGCCGCCCGUCCUUGCGUCCGCACCACCACCACCACCGGCGCCGCCUCUCACCCACCUCGCCUCGCCGCCGCGCCCGUCCGCCACUCCGCGUCCACAGUCCAGCGCGCCCGUGCGCCUGCCCGCGAUGAGCAGCAGCAGCAGCGUCUUCAAGAGCCUGCCGAGCUCGCACCACGGCGGCAUGCCGUGGCCGGCGGCCUCGCCCUCGGCGCUCAGCCCGCCGCCGCUGAGCGACUGCACGCCGAGCAGCGAGUCGUCGUCGCGCACGUCGCCCGCCACCGCACCGACGCCGCUCUCCUCGUCGGCGUCCGACCGUGCGCCGCCGGCGCCCGCGAGCAGCAGCAGCAAGACCGGCGGCAGGCCGCGCAGCCCGUCGCCCGCACGCGCAGAGGGCAGCAGCUCGCCGCCGCGCUCCUCUGCCGUGCCUGUGGUCCAGCCAGCGCGGCCCUCGCAGGCAGGGGCGGACGCAGGCUACACACCAUCCUGCAGCCGCUGCCGCGCCAAGAAGCUGCGAUGCAACUGCGAGACGCCGUGCUCCAACUGCAUCAGCAAGGGCCUGCAAGACGAGUGCCACAAGGACCGACGCAUCCCGCGCGGCCGCAAGCGCUCGCGUCUGGACCAGCACCCCGCCGUCGAGCAUGAGAUCACGACGCUGCGGCGCAAGCUGCGCGAGCUCGAGUCGCAGAGCCGCAUCGCUCCGUCGCCAUCGUCGGGCUCGUCGUCAUCGCAUGCUGCUGCGCCUGCUUCGUACACACACUCGGCGUACGCAAGCAGCCCUGCCUCCGGCCGGUAUCAAGACCUCGGCGCGGGACGGCACCACGUGCCGCGUGUUCCGUCGCCAGUGCCCGAGCGUCGUGCACCGCUGGAGCGGCGCGGCAGUGCUCUCGGCUCCAUCGCCUCGGACGGAACGGGCCGCUCGCUGGAUGCGGGUCCGAGCAACUGGGUCCCGCGAGACGGCUACGGCGCAUCGCGCUCUGCCGCCGAGGCCCUGUCUUCGCUCAGCAGACCGUCACCGUCGCAUGCCCUCUCCGGACACAGCUCCUCAUCGCGCACGUCCUUGCUCGCCGACGCCACCCUGCCGCCACCGCGAUCCUUCCAGCCUCUGCGCCCGCGCGACCCAUCGCACAUGGAUGUCGCGGCCCAGUCGUUCGAGUCGCUGUCCCACUCUCGCUGGACUCGGGGCUCUGAACCACUGCGGAUGAGCGGCCUGGCUGCUGAUCGCCAGAGCAAGUACUGGGCCGAUCCUGCUUCGAUCCACGAGCGCCGUGCCCUCAUCGAAGAGGUGCAAGCCGCGGCACCCGAGCUGAGCGUGCUCAACGAGCUGACGCACACCUUCCUCUACAGAGCCAAUCAUUUUGGCGGGCACGUCGUACAUGAGCCAUCCUUCCGCGAGGCGACGCAGGUGCUCAUGUCCGGCAGCGUCGACGAGGUGCUGCAUUCGUCCGUCUUCGCCGACCCCGCGGCACUCGCUGUGUGGCUCCUCGUGCUCGACUGCGGAUACCAGUUCCACCCUUUCUCGGGCCCAACGUCGAGCACGCCUGGCUUCGCCGGAGUCCACGCCAUGCGCAACAGCGGCGCGGAUCCUACGCGCCACUGGCAGGACCUGGCGCGCCGAGCGUUCGCGAUCGAGCGCACCUACGCGAUCCGCAGCAUCAGCGGCCUGCAAGCGGCCUGUCUGUUCAUCCUGCUUGGCGAGCGCGACUCGGCGUGGGUCCGCAUGGUGGGCCACGCGGCGCUGACCGGCGCCCGCGAGAUGGGACUCGCACGUCUCGGCGCAGCGCCGUGCAGCGCCGACAUGUCUAUGCGCGAGUUUGUCCGCCUAGAGACUGCAGUGCGCAUCUGGAACUUUCUCUGCGACCGCGACUGGUGUGCAGGGCAGCGCGACGGCAGCUAUGCCAUCCACCGUGGACAGUUCGACACGCGGCGUCCGCUAAACCUCAACGAUGCCGACCUCGAGGCUGGAUUGAGUGACUCGCGCCCAGCAUCCGAAUGGACAGAGAUGUCCUACGUGCUGGCGCAUCUCGAUCUCGCCGAACACGUCCGCGAUGCCAUCGACGUGCGCAACCUGCACUCGCGACUGCCGAACGGCGCUCCCGGCGAGUUGAGCGCCGCGGCCGUAGAGCAGCUCGACGACGGGCUGCGGCGCUACUUGCAGUUCAAGCUGCCGCGCUUCUUUGCGCUGGGCAGCAACUUCUGCCAGCCGCGCAUCGCGGUGCCGCAGCGCUGGAUGCUGCACCAGCAGGUCUUCAGCCAGCUUCUGUCGCUGCACCGCUCGUCGAUCACUACGGCUGCGGGCCGCUCGACGUGCCUCUCUGUCGCGAUGGCCACGCUCGACCUGUUCGCCGAGAUCCGCACCAUGUGCCCCGUCAUCGAGGGCCUCUACGUCAACUCGCAGCACCUCUUCACCGCCGCGCUUAUCCUCGUGCUCGACAUGCUCCACACGAGCUCGCACGAACGACGCCUGGAUGCGCGCCAGAAGGUGGCCAGCGCCAUCGAGCACCUCGCAAACUCGCCGCGCUCCGCAGUCAUCCUCAGCGUCCUACUAGACGAGGAAGAGGCGCAGCAGCAGCGCCGCGCCAACCGUCAAGAGCCGCCGAACACGCCGCUCGACGUGGCCGCGAUCUCCUGGCGCAUCUCGCGCACGCUCGACUCCAUCCCGUCUACGCCGCCUCACAGUGCGCGCGUGCCCGACGAAUGCGCCGCGCCAGCGCUGGCUCCGUCGCUCUCUUCUCUGGGCAUCGCCAGGCUCCCGCCCACGCCGUCCGGCCACUCGCUGCCUCCGAUGUCGCGCGACAUGCCACCGCCCGACAACUUGCGUCUGCCUCUGCCGCGUCCGAGCCCGUCACGCUCGCACUACUCCAGCUCGCCGUCGCCGCGUCUGCCGCACCCUGCCGAGCGCGGCCACUUCUCGUCGCAGCCGCAGCCGUAUCCGCAGGCGCACUCGCACCCGCAGGCCCCGCCCUGCGCGCAGCAGCCGCACGUCUCGUCUCCCCCGCACACCAGCCACGCCGAGGCGUUCGGCGACGACGAGGCCGUCUGGGCCUGGAUCCUCAAUGCGGGCCUGCCGCUCGACGACGUGUCCUACUGAGGCGUCCACUCUGUCGUCCCACGCACUCUUUCCCUUUCAGACGCUCCUGCGCGUCCCUGUAUUCUUCGCCAUCGGUCCUGUUCCACUGCCUGCUCUUAGCUCUCUAAUUAGAAUGCACGACGUUUCAC